AUGAGCAAUGCAUUCAUGCGUCUCUACGACUACGCCGUGGCAGACGGGCUCCUCGAGUCCCUGCCCGAAUUCGGACGCCAGCUGCGCGCCACGACGGAAACCUUUCUUGCCAUCGCGCGCAGCUCAAGCGAAGACAAGCAGCCGCCGGCGGGGCCUGGUCACGAUUCUGAGGAGGGAAACACGGGCAGCCCCGGCAGCGGCUCCGAGAAGCGACGGAACAUCUCCGGCUCGCCCGACGUGGCCGCCGCCCAUGAGCACACGAGCAGCGCCGGCCAGCCCAUCCUCAUGGCCGGCCUCAUUGUGCAUCACGAGCCAGAGGCGUCAUUCGACGAGCCGGCGGAAUCGGACGUGUCCGUCUGGAGGCACAACACCCUCAAGGCAGCAUCAUCAUCAUCGGCCCCCGCAUACGAAAUCGUCACACAACCUACCGUGCAUAAUGCAAGCUUCCCUUUCGGUACGUCUUCCUCGCCGCCGGCCGAGACCCUCGCCGCCUCCACCACCCUUCUCCUCCCAACGCCAAAGCCGGGCUUAUCCGGCCAUCUGACGCUGGCCCCCGGCGGCGUGCCCGCGCUGUCGUCUCCGCCGUCGCUCUCCUAUCAAGAACGCACCUUUGGUCGGCGGCUGCAGCGCAGGGCGGUAGAACAGGCGGUGCGCCUGCUUUCCAUGCCUGAACCGCCGCCGGAGGCAGUCGCUGGCGUCUUCGGCUUCUGCCUGCUCUUCGAGAGCCGGGAACGCAUCGUUGAGCGCCUUGCUAACUGCCUCAGUGUGAACCGACGCGAAACGCUCAGUAAUUGGCGUCACCCCUUUCUCCAUCUUGGCGGCGCGGGCACCUUUUUUCAGGAUCUGAACGAAUUAGACAGUGUUUCGCUCGAGACAGACAUGAAAGAGAAGGGCGCAAACCUGGAGCACGGCAGGCCGGGCCCGACAAGGCCGCGGCCACCGGUGGGAAACGAGGGAACUGAUGAACCGAAUCGCAGCAAAAUCGCGAGGGACUCCAACUUCGGCCCCGGACCGUGGAGCCCGGCCGUCGAGGAGACGAAAGACCUGCGUGUUGACCACCGACUUCGCAUCUCGUCGUCCGGCUUUGAAGGCGACUUUUUCGACUGCGACGAAGUCGAGUGGUACCUGCAACAACGAGGCAUCGUGAUUCCCCCGGCUGCCGACUUUGUCUCGGCCGACAUUGAUGAUUCGACGCUCGGCGCCCCGACCCAGGCCCCUCCGGACUCGACUGCUGUCGACAAGUCGACGACCUGGCUCUCGGGCGACGCUGGUACCGCUGGGUCGAGCCUGGCCCCCACGCCGGCCACCAGCUCGGAUACCUGGUCAGGCCCUACCGUUACGGGAGAAGAGGAAAUCGCAGCCCUGCUCGCGGCGCCGUUGCCGACGCACCUCGUGGGUGGGACGGUACCCGUGGAUCCCACGCUGUAUGAUCUGUCGCAGCGGGGUUCGACCAAGACGGCAACGCCGCCCAAGAGACGAGUCAGCAUAAACGUGGAAAUCCUGGUGGAACACGUCGAGGGCAUGAAGUCUCCGAUUAUUGUCAACCCCGGUCCUCGCUCCGGGCGCAAACGGUCAGCUACCAUCAAAUGCAGUACAUUUCAAUUGCAAAUCCCCGUGUACUGGGGACCUAUUGUUCUGUGA